AUGUCAGCCUUUGAUUUUGUGCAUUGGCGUUUGUCUCUGCCUAUCUGUGUGUUGGCGUUUGUCUCUGCCUAUCUGUGCGUUGGCGUUUGUCUCUGCCUAUCUGUGCGUUGGCGUUUGUCUCUGCCUGUGCGUUGGCAUUUGUCUCUGCCUGUGCAUUGGCAUUUGUCUAGCCUGCCUGUGUGUUGGCAUUUGUCUCUGCCUGUCUGCAUGUCAGCCUUUGCUUUUGUGUUGGUGUUUGUCACUGCCUGUCUGUAUGUCAGCUUUUGCUUUUGUCUGUGUAUAGGCAUUUGUUUUUGCAUUUGUCUGCAUGUUGGCAUUUGUCUCUGCCUAUCUGUCAUCAUUUGUCUCUGCUUGUCUGUGUCAGCAUUUACCCAUGUGCUGGCAUUUGUCUCUGCCUGUUUGCAUGUCUGCCUUUGCCUGUGUGUUGGCAUUUGUCUCUAUUUCAUUUUUCUAUCAGUCUCUUUUUCGAAUGGAGGAUUAUUAUCUAUACAUUGUUUGCCUUAUUACAGUGGAUUUAUGAGUUCCAUCCAUGGUUUAUAA